UUUGACAUUUGAUCGCUUUCGUUUCGCCGCGGUCACCGGUCGUGCACUUUCCUCGGCUACGUGAGCCACUUGCCGAAGAAGCUACGUUACGCAAAUUAUCGCUUUGCGACCUAGAAUGUCACGCUAAAAUCGCGACCAGACUUGCAAUGACCACUUGAUUUGGACACGAAUCGGGGAAUAUUUCGGGAAUUGGCUAGAUUCAAACCUGCCGAUGAUUACUAUAUACAGAUUACUAAUGAAAUAAAAGAAAGAGCCUUGAUAGCCUUGACGGAACGAUGGGCUCAAUUGUCCCACACGGCGCUUGUCCCUGUGUCCGAGAUAUCUGCUCAAUCGGAAUUAUGUAAACGCGAGAAUGGCGCAGAUCGUUACGUAAUCCUCCCUGCCUAGGUACGUGCAGUCGAAUACAAUGUAUGGCAAGGUUGCGCGAUAGGGAAAAUGAUUACGUGGACCGCGUCCAGAUCGGCUUACGGCUAACAAUUAGCGAACCGCUCUAUUCGUACGUUAGAUCGAAUUAGCAAUCGUAGAGCGUACAAGUCCCAUAUUCCAUCUCGAACCGCCUCGCGAGACGUACGAAACAAGAUCUAAUUCAUUCAAGGUCGUUGAAUCGUUGCGUCUCGUCGGUGACGAAAAUAUCGGCAUCGAAAAGAAAGCCACUUGACGAUGCUCGUCGUGCUCGUCGUGCUCGCCGUGCCAAAAAGGAAGGAGAGAAAGAGUGCUCGUUAACCAGGAGGCAGAGGUAUGGCCUUGACGAAGUGCCAGUUGGGGGUCGAACAAAGCGCUAUAAAGGCUUUUGCUUUUUCAUUCGAAAAGCAGAACCCUUUCUUUCUUCGCUUCGCGAGCGUACCACUCAACCAUUCAACAUGUUCAAGCUGUGCAUUCUCUCCGUUGUCCUGACUAUCGUUUGCGCUGCACCUGCACCUAAGCCAGGAGCAGUUCUGGCGGCAGCGCCGAUCUUGCCAGCACCGAUCGUGACUGCCAGUAGCAGCCAAGUAGUCGCCAGGAAUUACAACACGCUCGCCGCGGCGUACGGAGUGGCUCCGAUCGCAGCGGCUCCGAUCGCAACGGCUCCGAUCGCUUACGCCGCGCCCCUAGCAGCUUACAGCACUCAUGCCGUUGCACCUGCUGCGUACGCUGCCUACUCCGCACCACUUCUACUAUACUGCCUAGCGUACGUUCGUUUUCCGCUUGAGACAAGGCGACGCCCUCUUCGCCGAAGGUGCGCUAAGAAAGCGCAAAGGAGAGGCCGAAGAAGGGGGAUGGACUCGCAGCCGAGGGAUUCCUUGCUCCUAUAUAAGACGUGGUACGUCGUAUUUUGGAGUAUUAUCGUACUGACUGCAAGCCAGACAUAUACGAGCUCCAAGAUGUUCAAACUGAUGUGCUUGUUCGCCUUUUUGGCGUUGGCCGCGGCUGCGCCCGCACCGGCUCCCGCACCCGCACCAGCACCCGGCGCGAUCAUCGGCGCCCCGCUUGUGACAUCCUACAGUGCUCCCAUCGUUUCCGCGCCGCUAGCUUACAGCGCUUACAGCCUACCGACUUAUAGCGCCUAUUCGGCAUACCCGGCCUUACCGUACGCGUAUAAGAGCUAUGCUUACGUCGCCUAAUUGUCGAGAUAUCAGAGGACCAGGCAUCAGAGACCAACACUCCACAAAUUUACGAUCAACGCCCACGAAAUCUUUUCCAAAAAUCAACCGUGGAUUUCUUUCUCCGCGGUUCAUUCUCUUCAUCCCCUUCUCAUCCGUUCGAAUAACUCCGCACUCGCAUUCCAUUAGAUCCAGAAUCAAUAAAGCCGCUUAAAAGC